AUGAGUCUGGAUGCACUGCUCCAUCGUCGCGAACCCACUGCGUUCGAGCUGCUCAGAAGCAACCCUCUGCUGUUCCUCUCUCAGCGAGUGAACUCCUGGUCAACUUGCAGACACCCCGUCAUAUCCGAACCCCCCGUACGCAUCGUCUGCAUUGCGGACACACACAACCAUCACCACCACAUUGGACUGCUCCCCGACGGCGACAUCCUCAUUCAUGCGGGCGACCUCUCCCAGUCGGGCACACUGGAAGAACUCCACGACACCCUCGACUGGCUCGCCUCACAUCCCCAUCCCCACAAGCUUUUCAUCGCAGGGAACCACGACCACGCGCUCAGCAUCGACGACACUGAACGCGCAGCCCUCCUCGCCACAUAUCCGACGCUCACAUACCUGCAAGAGUCCUCUACCGCAUUAUCCGUUCGCGGACGCACCCUACACGUGUACGGCAGCCCUUUCACGCCCGCCCAUGGAUCUUGGCCCUUCCAAUAUCGGCGCGGCGCACAACACGACGCACGGUGGGAUGCCAUUCCUCCCGACACCGACAUCCUCAUAACCCACGGCCCUCCCGCACACCAUACCGACCGCGGGUCGGGAUGUAACGCGCUGCUCGCUGCUCUGUGGCGAGUGCGACCGCUGCUCCACAUCUGUGGACAUAUCCAUGCUGGGAGAGGCAUUGAAGUGCUUCGGUGGGAUCGUGCACAGACGGCGUACGAACGGAUUUGCGCAAAGGUGGGAGGUUGGAUGGACUUGCUCGUUGUUCUUUGGGGGGCAAUCGGCUGGAACGCGGCGUCGAUAAGACAAACGGUUCUUGUAAAUGCCGCGUGCUUGGGAGGUUUCAGAGACGAGCAGACGAGGGGAGCUGUGGUGAUCAACUUGUAG